AUGAUGAAGCUGUUGGAUGUUGACUGUGAAGGUGUUCGUUUUAUUGGUAUUCACGGGAUGGGUGGUGUUGGUAAAACAACACUUGCGAAGGUUGUCCUCAACCAGCUAUUCGUGGACAACAUUCAUGACAUUGAUGAUGGGAUUAACCAUAUCGGGACAAGAUUUUGCAACAAAAAGGUCCUCAUCGUUUUGGAUGAUGUGGAUAAAGAAGAACAACUAGAGAAACUAGCAGGGGCACGAGGUUGGUUUGGCUCAGGAAGUAGGAUUAUCAUUACAACCAGGAAUGAAAUUACUUCAAAAGUCCUGGAUGAUAUUUUGAUUUACGAAUUAAAGGAACUGGAUUAUGAUCAACCUCUUAAGCUUUUCUGUAUACAUGCUUUUAGAAAAGACUCUCCACUAUAUCAAUAUGAUACUCCUGCAUCAGAAAUUGUUGUCACAACUGGAGGGCUUCCUUUGGCUCUUGAGGUCAUAGGCUCAUUUCUCUAUCGCCAACCGGAAGAGAUAUGGAAAGAGACUGUAGAGAGGCUAGCAAGAAUACCUCAUAAGGAUGUUCGACAGCAGUUGAUGAUCAGUUAUGAAGCAUUAGAAGAUGAGGAAAAGCAGAUUUUUCUUGACAUUGCAUGCUUUUUCGUCAAUGACACAAAAAAGAUGAAUGCAAAUUACAUGUGGGAAGCAUGCAGUUUUAUUCCUGAGACUGGGAUUCAGCUCAAAGAUCUUGGGAGGCAAAUUGUUCAGAGGGAAUGCUUGCAUGAUCCUGGAGAGCAUAGCCGGGUGUGGGUUUUUGAGGAAGCCCUCGACGUUGUAAGAACAAAACAGAGAAAGAAAAAAGUUCAGGCGCUCAUAUUAGCUGGAAGUCAUUUUCAACCACUCGUAAUUACGCAUGAAGAACUUAGUAGAUUGCCCAACCUAAGGUUCCUUGAAUUAGAGGAGGGAACCUUUGCUGGAGAUUUUGGGGAUGAUUUUUCAAAGUCAAGAUGGAUUUCUUGGUAUUCUCCUAGGCCACUAGAUCUUGAGGUAACCAAUCUUUCUAUGAAGAAUUUGGUUGUCUUUGAGAUCGUUUCAGGCAGCAUCACAGAUGACUGGAGCGGAUGGAGCCUAAUGAAGAUGGCAAAAAAUUUGAAAGUUCUAAACAUCAGAGGUUGCGAAGGCAUAACUAGAACACCGGACUUCUCUGGAUGCUUGAGUCUAGAAAGGCUGAGUUUCUAUAACUGCAUAAACUUGGUCAAGAUUGACCGCUCCAUUGGGAAGCUAAAGCGCCUGAUUUACCUAAAUCUUAAAGAGUGCAUCUCUCUUAAGGAUUUACCCGAAGAAAUUGGAAGGCUUACAAAUCUGAAGCACUUUGCUUGCAGUGGAUGUUUUCAGAAACUUCCAAAUUGA